AUGGCGGGGCUGCGGGGGGCCCGGCCCGCGAGGAGUGGCCCCGGCUGCUGCUGGGCUCUGCCCACCGGGCUGCUGUGUGCCUACGGCUUCUUUUGCAGUGUGCGGCCCUCGGAGCCCUUUCUCACCCGUUACCUGUUGGAGCCGCACAAAAACCUCAACGAGACGCAGGUGUUCAACGAGAUCUACCCAGUGUGGACGUACUCGUACCUGGCACUGCUGUUCCCUGUGUUCCUGGCUACAGACUACCUGCGCUACAAGCCUGUGGUGCUGCUGCAAGGCCUGAGCCUCAUCGUCACCUGGUUCUUGCUGCUUUACGCCCAAGGGCUGCGUGCCUUCCAGCUCCUUGAGUUCUUCUAUGGGAUGGGCACCGCCACAGACAUUGCCUACUACUCCUAUAUCUACAGCGUGGUGGAUGUGGAUCUGUACCGCAAGGUCACCAGCUACUGCCGCAGUGCCACACUGGUGGGCUACACGGUGGGCUCUGUGUGUGGGCAGCUUCUUGUGUCCCUAGCAGGGUGGUCCCUCUUCAGCCUCAAUGUCAUCUCCUUGACCUCCAUCUCUGUUGCCUUUGGCACAGCGUGGUUCCUGCCGAUGCCAAGGAAAAGCCUUUUCUUCCACCAUGCCGCCACUCAGCCCUUCAGCUUGGAGAUGAAGGUCAUGGAUUGUAAGAAUGGGGCCAUCGUGCAGGACCAGCCCGGUGUGCCAAGAGUGCCUGGAUGGGAGGAUGAGGUCAAAAUGCCCUUAAACAGGGAGGGACAUUCGGCAGAGAAAAAGGAGCAGAAAGUAGAUGCCUUAGAAGUGCUCAAGGAUCUCUGGCGGGACUUCCUGCAGUGCUAUUCCUCUCGGACCAUGCUGUGCUGGUCAGUCUGGUGGGCGCUGUCUACCUGUGGCUACUUCCAGGUCAUCAACUAUGUUCAGGGCCUGUGGGAGAUGGUGCUGCCUUCUCAAAGCACAGAGAUCUACAAUGGUGGUGUGGAGGCAGCCUCAACGCUGCUAGGAGCUGUUGCAGUAUUUGCUGUGGGUCAUAUAAAAACAUCCUGGGCCAUGUGGGGUGAAGUGGCACUUGCCCUGUUCUCCUUUCUUAUUGCUGCUGCUGUAUAUAUUAUGAACACUGUUCACAACAUCUGGGUGUGCUAUGCAUCUUAUGUUGUCUUCAGAAUUAUUUACAUGCUGCUAAUCACAAUAGCAACGUUUCAGAUUGCUACAAAUCUCAGUGUGGAGCGGUAUGCUCUGGUGUUUGGGGUCAACACAUUCAUUGCCUUAGCACUUCAGACUUUACUCACAUUAAUUGUCGUAGAUGCCAGUGGGCUUGGAUUGGACAUCUUCACUCAGUUCAUGAUUUAUGCAUCGUAUUUUGCGGCUAUCUCCCUGGUGUUCUUGGGCAGUGGUUUAUACAGUAUUAUGAGAGCCCACAGAAGACAAGAGCGGGUGCGGAGCAGGUCUCCUGAAAGCUGUUAG